AUGUCGAGGUCAGCUGUUUCACGCCAAGAGGAUUACCAGGUUGAACUUCUCGACAAGGCUUGCAAACGUAAUGUUAUCGUUCAACUCGGUACAGGUGCUGGGAAAACAUUCAUAGCUGUUUUGCUGCUGAAGGAGUAUGGACUUCAAAUUAUGGCACCGUUCGAAAGCGGCGGAAAACGAGCGUUCUUUGUUGUUGACAAAGUAAGUUCCUCUUCUACAGAACACACUCAGAUCGGAGACAUUGCAUAUUUAUCUCCGAGACCAGCCUUCCCUAUGGCGAGAACUAUUGUGGUAGUAGUCAUUACGGCACAAGUGUUUCUUGAUUUGAUAGAUCAUGCCUACUUCAACAUCGCAAAACUUGCUCUCGUUAUAUUCGAUGAAUUCCAUCAUGCGCUUGCGUCUAAACAUCCCGUCAUCGGGGAUACAUGGAUCGAUUAUGCGCGCUACCACAUUAUUAUACGCAAAUACGGUGCAAAGCCUAACGAAUUACGUCGGCGUCUCGACCAGACUACAACCCCACGAAGAUGUGGGUGGGAGAUUCUCCAGUUGCUGGAAGACCGAUCGAAAUUUGCUCGAUCGACGCUAAAUUCGAUUCCAAUGUCGAUAUCGACCCUCCAAGCUAUUCAAGAAGAUCAACAGAUACGAUUGGCUGAUACUUCGUCAAGUUGGACCAUUGGCUCUUGGAAGGUUUCUCAAAUGUGGGAGAAGGAGCUACACAAACUAACGAAACAGAGUUUUCUUCAAGAAAAGACAGUAGAUUUUCUGAUUAUGGGAGAAACCUGCAUGACCACUGUUCGGAAGAUGCUGGAGCCGAAGAUGAAACCGAUCAAAACUCUCGAAGGAUUAAAGCCUUAUCUCCCGAGUAAGGUUGUGCGAUUGAUAGAUAUUCUCUUGCAUUUCAAUCCAGAUAAAGGAAAUGGUACAAGCGAGAAGGAUGAUCCACUGAGUGGAAUCAUUUUUCGAUCGAUCACGCUACGUGGCUUAUACUUCUCAACUGUUCUGCUACGACACGUUUGUCGAUGGGAACCGAAUUUCAAGUUUAUUCAAUCAGAUUUCGUGAUUGGAUUCAGUGGUGGAAGCUUUGCAUCAGACGACAGCCAAGGAUUACACAAAAGACAAGCCGAUGUAAUCCGUCGUUUUCGACAAGGGGAGCUAAACUUGUUAGUGGCAACGAGCGUUUUGGAAGAGGGUGUUGAUGUUCGACAUUGCAACCUGUCGAAAGGGCGAGCUCGAAAACGUGAUGGAGGCGCAAAGUACUUCAUACUGGUUGACAAAUCGGAUAGCGCAAAAUGUUCCGAAGAUCUUCGAGAUUUUGUUAAUAUCGAAAAGAUGCUCCUGCGUCGGUGUCGUAGUGUUCACAAUCCAGGUAAUGACGGUGAUAACGAAGUUGGCCUGGCCGAAAAUGUGGAUAAACUGAUUCCUCCUUACGUGGUGCCAUCUACUGGUGCGCAGGUCUCUUUGUCUUCUGCAAUAGGGCUAGUGAAUAGGUUAGCGAAGUUUUCGGUAUUCUUAAAGCUUCGGUUGAAUUGCCUUCUUCACAGGUACUGUGCAAAACUACCUUCGGAUAUUUUCACCCGACUUGUACCACAAAAUCGUUUGAUUGCUGUGAAUAUACUGGGUAAAACACUCUACAGGGCUGAGUUGUUGUUACCCAUAAAUUCACCAGUAAAGCAGCCAAUAGUGUUGGAGACGCCUUUGCAAAGUAAGAAGCUGGCGCAAAUGGCCGUGGCGCUUGAGGCAUGUCGCGUUCUUCACCAAGCUGGUGAGCUUAACGACCAUUUGCUUCCGGUAGGGCGAGAAUCUAUUGCCCUGCUAAGUCAGCUGACGAGAUCAAGACCGAAUGGCGCUCAGGAAUUCGUAAAGUAG